AUGGCAAAAAAGAACAAAAAGAGCAGCAGUCCAGCAGUUGCAACAGAAACUGCCUCGAAUGGCAAGAAGGGUAAGAAAGGAAAGAAAGAUGUUCCUGAACCUGAACCAGAUUCUAAGGAGGCAAGAAAAGCCAAGCAACAAGCACAUAGAGCAAAAGUUACGUCAACUACUAGCUGGACAGGUAAAUUACCUCACACUUUAUUGCACGAAUUUUGUCAGAAGAAGAAAUGGAAUAAAGUUGAAUAUGAUAUGAAGAAGAUAGGGGACAAAGGAAUGGUGGCUGUAGCAGUGUUAGCAUACACGGAUCCAAAGACCAAAGAAGUUUUAACCCUUCGUAUGACUGAUCCUACUUAUGAUAAAACUAGUAACAAAGGCGCGAUGACUCCUCAAGAGACACCUGCAGAAGCUAGACAUAUUGCUGCCACAGUUGCUCUAUGUCGUAUUGCAUACAAUACAAACAUGCAAAUGAUGCUUCCACCAAAUCAUAAAAACGUAUGGUACGCACUAGAUGACUAUAGAAAAGAACUUAUUAAGAGCAAUCCUAAACGUGGAGAGAGAUUAUUUGAUACCGAACCAUUUGCCACUAUAUUAGAGGAUAGAAAGUUAGAAAAACAGAGAGCGAAAGAGAGAGAUGCAAAACGAAAUCAAGCUGAAAAAACAGAAGUUACAACGGUGGUUAUAUCAUCAACCAAUUCCGUUGGAUCGAAAAAGAAGGCUUUUAAAGUGGAAAAGAAUACUCUCUCAAAGAAACGGGAAAAACCACUAAUUAGCUUCCCUAAAAAGGUUUGGGAGAACGCCACUUUUAUCGAUCUUGAAGAAUCUUCGAGACAAUUGAUCGAAAAAUUCACGAAAUAUAACAUCGAUUGGAGUCUUCGAAAAAAGUCUGAAGAGUCGUCACAUUCAAAUGACGCGGAAAGAUCUAUCUUAAAGGAAAGAUUAAUUUCGUUAAAAUUUAGGGAACCUCAUGUGUUAGAGGCAAUGAAUUAUUCAGAUCCACUUUCAUUUUUAUUAUUUAAUUUACCAGAAGAUGAUCUUCCACCUUUUUUUCACAAAAGAUCAGAAGAUUCCAGGAAUAAGAUCGAAAUAUCUUUGUUACCAUUAGCAACCAGAAUAAUCGUGGAAAAAUUAACAGAAAUAGGUGUUUCGAAUGAUGAAGCAUUAUAUGCCCUUCAAGAAAACAAUAUGGAUGAAGCAAACGCAGCUAGUACUCUUACUCAAAAUCUCCUCCCUAACGUCGUUCUUAACCAACCAUUCGACAUCAGUGAUGAAGAAUCUAAGGAGUUAUGGGCAGAAGAGGUAGAAAGUUUAAAAUCCAUAUAUGAGGAACGUUGCGAAAUUAUAAAUCCUUCGUGUUUUUUAAUUAGCUUGGACGAAAAACUAAAGUUAAAAAUCAAGAUUUAUAGAUCGAAUGCAUACCCCUAUACACUACCAGGUAUUAUUGUGUCUACUUUUGAUAAGAAAUUUAAAUUGCCUAAUUACAUCAAGAAAAACAUUUUAACUCAACUAUUGACCCACAUCAAACAAUCAGGUAUGUUAGGUGAUAUGUUGAUAUACAAUAUUAUGGAAUGGCUAGAUGACAAUGUAGAGAACAUAAUUAAUAAUCCUGGUGCUUUAUUAACUGCAGAAGAUAUCGCAAAAUCUUCUCAAACUAACCUAACAGACUUGAUUUCAUCCAAAAAUGGAAAGCCAAAAAAUAACAAAUCUCGUAGAUCUAAUAAAUUAUCAGCAGAAGAUAUCCGACAACUAAAAGAUGAAUUUAUGAAUAGAAUAACCACUCAAGAUUACAAAUCAAUGCAAAGUGUGAGGGCAGCGCUUCCAGCAUGGGGUAAACAAAAUCAGAUUGUUGAGCUUAUUGAUAACCAUGACGUGGUACUUAUCACAGGUGAAACAGGUUCUGGUAAAUCAACACAGGUGGUACAAUUCCUUCUUGAUAAUAUUAUUAAAAAUGAAAAGCCUACCACUUUGCUUUGUACACAACCAAGAAGAAUCUCAGCUAUUGGGUUAGCUGAGCGUGUUUCCGACGAACGUUGCACAAAUUGCGGUGAUGAAGUUGGUUAUAUAAUUAGAGGUGUGAAUAAAACUUCUAAGAAUACAAGAAUUAAGUUUAUGACUACAGGUGUUUUGGUGAGAAUUUUGCAAGGAGAAAAGACAUUUUUGAAUAACUCCAUUGUUGUGAUAGAUGAAGUUCAUGAAAGAUCGAUCGACACUGAUCUAAUUGUCACACUAUUAAAAAACCUUGUUGGUAAAGUUAAAAAUAUGAAGAUUGUUCUAAUGAGUGCUACUGUUAAUGUAGAACUAUUUAAAAAGUUUUUCCCUGGUUUAGGUACUAUUCACAUUGAAGGUAGGACAUUUCCAAUUAAAGACUAUUUCCUGGAUGAUAUACUUGAACAAUUAGACUUCAAGAUCAAAAAAAAUGAAAGAAAUAGAUUUUUUGAUGAGGAAGACAAUGAAAGUUCUAACGAAGAUAAUUACUUACACCCUGGUGCAGAUUCUAGAUUUUUCAAGAGUGGUCAAAUUAAUUAUGACCUGGUGUGCCAAGUUGCAUCUCAUGUCGAUACACAAUUGAACAAAGAAAACAAUGAUGGAUCUAUUAUUAUUUUUUUACCUGGUGUGUCAGAAAUAAACAAAACAUGCCGUAUGAUGACUGAAAAUGAUGAAACAAAUAGGUUUGUGGUCCUUCCUUUACAUUCCGCUUUGACACCUGAAGAUCAAAAACGUGUCUUCAAAAGAUAUGGUCGGAAGAGAAAGAUUGUUGUUUCUACUAAUAUUGCAGAAACAUCUAUCACCAUCGAUGACUGUGUGGCAACAAUUGAUACUGGUAAAGCCAAGACAAUGUACUAUAAUGCUAAGGAUAACACAUCUCGAUUAUUAGAAUCUUUUAUUUCUAAAGCAGAGGUAAAACAACGUCGUGGUCGUGCUGGUAGAGUUAGAGAAGGUGUUUCAUAUAAAUUAUUCUCCAAGGCUACUUACGAAGAGAUGGUUUCAAUGCCAGCACCAGAAAUCAAGAGAAUUGCUUUAGAAUCUUUAUACUUAUCAGUGAAAGCUAUGGGGAUUAAAAAUGUAACCUCCUUUCUCGCAAAUGGUUUAGAGGCCCCACCAGGUCUUGCACUUGAGAAGGCAGAGAAGUUAUUGAUGACGGUUGGCUUACUCGAUGAUGAAUCUAAAUCUUUAACUGAACUUGGUAAAUUUAUAUCAUUGAUACCAGUUAUGGAUAUAAAAUAUGGGAAACUUUUAAUAUACAGUAUUAUAUUUGGUUUGACGGACACUGGUAUUCUUGCUGCAUCCAUACUUAGUGAGGGUGUUUUACCCUUUAUAGGUGGUAUUGAAAACAGAGAUGCUGUUCGUAACAUCCUUUCAAAACAUAAAUCAAGGGGUGAUUUAUUGGCAACUAUUCAAAUGUUUGAAGAAUACCUUGGGCUUUCCGAUUCCAAGAGUAGAACUAAAUUUAUGAAGGACAAUUUACUAUCCUACAAUAAAGUCAAUAGUAUACUUUCUACUAGAACCCAGUACUACUCCAACUUGAAGGAUAUUGGGUUUUUACCGAUGAGUUAUAAACCAGAUAUUAAUAACACAUUUAAUAGAAACAAUGGAAACUUCAAAAUAUUUGCAUCCAUAUUGACAGGUGCAUUCUAUCCAAAUAUUGCCCGUAUUCAAUUACCUAGCCCUAAAUUUUUUGAGACAAGUGCAGGUGCCAUUGAAAAAGAUCCUGAGGCCAAGCAAAUUAAAUAUUGGAUUCGAAACGAAGAGUAUGUUGAUGAAUUGCAAAAACUAGAAAAAGAAAAGCAGCAAGGAAGAUUGGAUUCUGAAACUCUUCCUUUACCAGCUACUCGUGCCUUUUUGCAUCCUUCAUCAGUCUUAUUUUCAUCGAAGGGACCAAAUAGCGAAGAUAUGAAAGCAUUGACUAAAGUAGACGGCCCUACGGACAAACACAGCACUCAAGAUCCCUUGCUUAAAUAUCCUUUUGUUGUAUUUAAUUCCUCCCAAUUUACAAGUAAGUUGUUUUUAAGAGACAUAACACCAACGACAACACUAUCAUUACUUUUAUUUGGUGGUCCAAUUAGUUAUGAUGUUAGUGGUGGCCACCAUUCACCUGGUAUAGUAGUGGACAGCUGGCUCCCUAUCCGUACAUGGUGUAAGAAUGGGGUAUUGAUUAAAGAACUGAGAAUGUUAGUUGAUUUAUCGAUAAAGCAACAACUAGACAAUCCAAGUUAUGCCAAUGUUGACAACAAAGAAAAUAAUGGGUCAGCCAUUCUAAAUAUGGUUGAGAAGAUUAUUGAAAAUGAAUAG